UUCACUUCAAUAAAUGAAUUUCCCUGUUCCUGAAUCCGGGAGGCCAAUUUCUCCACGCAAGCAAAGAAUCUUCUACAUCCUGUUCUACCAUCGCUUCCCGGGAUCUCCGCGCUGCCGCCGUUCGUCCCCGUUCGUCAAUUUCUAUGUCGGACGCUCUCAUCAACGGUGUCGCCGGGGCGAGCGGAGGGAUCAUUGCUCAGCUCAUCACCUACCCUUUGCAAACUGUCAAUACUCGUCAGCAAACGGAGCGCGAUCUGUCGAAGUCCAAGUCCAUCAGUAGGGAUGGAACUCUUAAGCAGAUGCGCCAGGUGGUGAAGCAGGAAGGAUGGGGGCGGCUCUACGGAGGGCUCGCGCCAUCACUCGUAGGCACUGCGGCAUCGCAGGGUGUUUAUUACUAUUUCUAUCAAAUAUUUAGAGACAGGGCAGAACUUGUCUCGCUUGCUCGCCAAAGGAAAGGUAUAGGAGAUGGAUCUCUUGGAAUGCUCCAAUCACUUGUUGUUGCUUCUCUAGCUGGAUCAGUGAACGUAUUAUUGACAAAUCCAAUAUGGGUAAUAGUUACACGCAUGCAGACAUUUAAGAAAAGCAAGGAAGCAAUACAAAAGCAUGAUCUGCCGACAGUUUCUAAUGACCUUCAAAACGUGACUACUGAACCUUCCCACUAUGGAAUGCUUGAUGUGAUUAGAGAGCUAUAUAGUGAGGCGGGCUUAGUAGGCUUAUGGAAAGGUGUAAUUCCAACGCUCAUAAUGGUUAGCAAUCCUGCAAUACAGUUCAUGUUGUAUGAAACCAUGUUGAAAAAAUUAAAGAAAAAGCGUGCCUCCAACAUGAAAGGUGCUGAAGGGUUAACUGCAGUUGAGAUAUUUCUUCUUGGAGCUGUCGCCAAGCUUGGAGCCACUGUUGCAACAUAUCCCCUUCUUGUUGUCAAAUCAAGGCUUCAAGCAAAACAGGGCGUUCAUAUAGAUAAGAGGCAUCAUUACCAAGGUACUUGGGAUGCAAUAACAAAGAUGAUCAGAUACGAAGGUCUUUUUCAAUUCUACAAUGGCAUGGGCACAAAGAUUGUCCAGAGUGUUUUUGCUGCUGCUUUCCUCUUCGUGAUUAAGGAGGAACUUGUGAGAAUGUCUAGAUUUCUGCUCACACGUACUAAUAGUUCAAGAUUGGAACCACCCCGGCCAUAACUGGUUCCACUUCUUUUCCCCUGCUAAUUUUACUUUCUUUUAGAAGCAUAGAAGUUCCAGUUCUUGCUGCCUUGGUGUUAAUGUUCCUGGAAGCAUCUUUACCGGCUUAUUUAUCAGUGUUUUACACUAAAAAAACUGUAAUUGAAAUCUUCACUGUAUUCAAUAAUUGUUGACAAUAGUAGGAAAUUAUACAAGUUGUAAGUCAGAUCUGCUUUAGCCAAGUCUGGCGUUUAGUCGAUUUGUAACAGCUUCAUAUGGAGACUCUUGUUAUGAGAAUAGGAAUUAUAGAUAAUUUUAGCUGGAGAUUAAAUGCUUUUGUAGGUUUUGGAGUAA